AUGGUUCUGCUAUUAUCUGCAGCAUCUGAAAUGCAAAGUCUGCAAGGACAGACCUUUACAACGCCAGGCGAAAUUACUGGAAAAUACACGUGGACGCCCCCAAUUCCACAUGCCAAAGCUCUUGUUAAUCAACUUGCCCCGGCUGAUGUGUAUUUGUGUCAAAAAGCGAUUGAUUUCUUUAUGAACCUUUGUGGUGGACACAGAGGUAUUUUCAUGAGAGCCAUGGAAUGGGUGCAGGAAAAGCAGAGCAGGAACAGCACUCCGUGGAAUUGGACUCGCGCCCUUGGCGAGGCUAGCCUAGCAUGGGACACAGAGAAUUGGAUUGACGUGCCAGAUGAUAGUUUGAUGAGGAAACUUCAGGCUAGUCGGGCCAUUCGUGUGAACGGGCGCAAGCUUGGAGAACAUACCAGAACCAUUUUUGAAACUCUUGUGCGAGGGUACUGA